AUGUUCCAAACAGUUGUUGUCUUUCUGAUCUUUUUCACAUCUGUAUAUUCUAAUCAAAUGGAUAAUAAAAGUUUACGACGACGAUGUGACACAUUGGGCGGAACAACUUGUACAUGUAUUGAUCCGUUAGCUUAUUGGAAGCAUGAUAAAGGACAAAUUUUGGAAAUUAAUGAAAUAUAUCAUGGCAAAGAAAAAAUAAUGUGUUAUAUUAUUGAAUUUAUCAACCAUACCAAUCAUUAUGAAUUAGUAAGUGAUGCACAAGAUUGUAAAAAUCUGGAAGAAUACACUAAUGUAAAAAUGGAACCAGCAUUAUUUCCAACAUUCCGAAAAAACGGGAUAUUUUUGAGAGCAAUUAAUUGUGAAGAAAAGAUAUCGCAAUAUAUCCGUAUUUGCUAUUACACUAUGGAUUACAUCAAACCAAUAUCAAAAAUGAUUGAUGAAACAAAUCUGGAAUUUAAGAAAGGAAAUCUAUUGAAGGAUGUAAAUGUAAAUAAUAUUUCAACUGUCUCAAAUAAAACAUUCACUGAUAUCACUGCUACUAUUGUUGGAUCAAAUUCAACAGGAAGUUGGUCUGAUAAAUGUUCCUACCUUUUAUUGGAAUAUGAUAACAGAAAGAUUUGCUAUGUACCAAUUGUUAAAUAUUUCAAAAGGACAGAAUCAAUGCAUUAUAAUUUGGGAAAUAAAAUGUGUUCUAAAAAAUUUCCAUGGAUAAGCGCUCGUAUACGUAAUCGCAAACAAAUUUCGAGAUUAAGAGCAUUUACAGAAUGUUAUGAAAGAAAUGAAAUUCAUCUGAAACAUGUGCCAAUAUUAAUCGGUUUAAUCCAUAUGAGAGGAAUGGGUUUCAUUUGGACGUCCGGUAAUAAUGGAUCAUAUUUGAAUUCAUGGAAUUCAGAUUAUGAUAAGUUAUACAAUGAAAUGCCAUUUUGGAUUGAUCCAACAUUUCAUCCUUAUUUGAAUACAACCGAAAUACAUUGUCAUCGGUUUGUCAUCUGGACACGUUAG